AUGAAUGUCACGUACUACACGCUACUGCAGGGCUCACCCGAAACGGCCCUCCAACCUGUACUCGACCUCAACAACCAGAUCUUUCAAGUCGACACCGCCGCAUCAGGCACGCACCAUGGCUCGCUCACCGAGUGGCAGAAGCGGCUGGGUGAACCUUUGUCCAUCAUUGUUUGUGCCGGCCUGAAUGGACAGACACAGGGAGACACUGAGAUCAGCCCGGUCGGCUUCAUUUUCGCUCACCCAAAGCAGCACGGUGGGGAUUCUCAGCCCGCCUUGCAUAUCUGGCUGGCGGGCGUGCUACCUGCUAGUCGCGGGUCCGGCACGUUCCAUGGAUUGAUGACCCGGGUCGAGCGUCACGCACGAGAGAAGGAUGUCAAGACUCUGAGCGUCGCAACAUUUCCAGCAAAAUUUUCAAGAAUGUAUUCCAUCUUACGGGGGACGGGGUGGUCGGGCGAGAAAGACCUCGGUGGAGGCAAAGUUCUCCUUACGAAAGCGCUGACUUGA